AUGUCUGUUGCUAAGUUUGCUGGUGUUAUCCUCGGUUCGGCCGCUCUCGUCGCUGGCCACGGUUACGUGUCGGGUGCUGUUGUCGACGGAACCUACUAUGGCGGCUACAUUGUCACUUCCUACCCCUAUUCCAGCGAUCCCCCGGAGACCAUUGGAUGGUCUACCGAGGCGACCGACUUGGGUUUCGUCGAUGGUAGCGAGUAUGCUGAUGCCGACAUCAUUUGCCACAAGAGUGCCAAGCCCGGUGCCAUCUCUGCUGAGGUCAAGGCCGGUGGUACUGUUGAGCUCCAGUGGACUACCUGGCCCGACAGCCACCACGGCCCUGUCCUGACCUACCUUGCCAACUGCAAUGGUGACUGCAGCAGCGUCACCAAGACCGACCUCGAGUUUUUCAAGAUUGACGAGAGCGGUCUCAUCAACGACGACGACGUCCCCGGUACCUGGGCCAGUGAUAACUUGAUCGCCAACAACAACAGCUGGACUGUGACCAUCCCCUCUGACAUUGCGGCUGGCAACUACGUCCUCCGUCACGAAAUCAUUGCCCUUCACUCUGCUGGUAACAAGGAUGGUGCUCAGAACUACCCUCAGUGCCUCAACUUGAAGGUCACUGGCGGCGGUGAUCUCGCUCCUUCUGGCACUGCUGGUGAGAGCCUGUACAAGGACACCGAUGCUGGUAUCCUCGUCAACAUCUACCAGUCUCUUUCCUCCUACGAUAUUCCCGGACCUGCUAUCAGCUCCAGCAGCUCCAGCACUACUGCCGCCGCCGCCGCCGCUACCAGCGCUGCUUCUUCCGUCACCUCUGCUGCUGGCUCCGUCGUUACUCAGACUGCUACCGCUGUUGAGACUGAUACUGCCACUGCCUACCAGACCUCCACUGAGGUUGCGCAAGUCACCGUCACCGGUAGCGCUCCCCAGCAGACCUACGUUGCCACUCCCAGCAGCUCCAGCUCUGCCUCCAGCAGCUCCAGUGCUUCCGUAUCCACCAGCACCAGCCUCACCAGCUACUUCGAGUCCCUGAGCGCUGAUCAGUUCCUCAGCGUUCUCAAGCAGACUUUCACCUGGUUGGUCAGCGAGAAGAAGCACGCCCGUGACCUCUCCGCCUAA